AUGACCAAUGAAGGAAUAGGUAUAAAUAGAGAUACUUCAACUAUAUGCCUUCGAGAAUAUGUCUUUAUUCAUUUCUUUCCUGUUAAGCUUAUAUCAGCACUAACAAACAAAACAAAUACAAUGGUCAAAUUAACUUCAAUCGCUGCUGGUGUUGCCGCUAUCGCUGCCGGUGUUGCCGCUGCUCCAGCCACUACCACUCUAUCUCCAUCUGACGAAAGAGUCAACUUGGUCGAAUUGGGUGUUUACGUCUCCGAUAUCAGAGCUCAUUUGGCUCAAUACUACUUGUUUCAAGCAGCUCAUCCAACAGAGACCUACCCAGUUGAGAUUGCUGAAGCUGUUUUCAACUAUGGUGACUUCACCACCAUGUUGACUGGUAUUCCAGCUGAACAAGUCACCAGAGUCAUCACUGGUGUCCCAUGGUACUCUACCAGAUUGAGACCGGCUAUCUCCAGUGCUCUAUCUAAGGACGGUAUCUACACUGCUAUUCCAAAAUAG